AUGGGGUUCACUACACGCCAGAAGACACGACAAAGUCCUACCGCUCCUUUGCCUUUGCCUUUCACUUACGAGCCCCUGAACUACACCGGAGGUUCCAUCAGGCUGCUGAAAUUUCUACCGCAACUAUCAAAUACAGGACUUAUACAGUGUGAGAUAUGGCAUGCUCAUGUCUCAUCAAGAUAUACCUGCCUUUCCUACGUUUGGGGACCGCCAGGCAAUGAGCAGGAUGUUCUGAUCAAUGGAAAGAUUGCAAGAGUGAGAAGGAACCUUAAAGACUUCAUGGAAGUUGCACGAAAAAAGUACGCAGCUUCAUCACGCGCAUUCUGGAUAGAUGCCGUUUGCAUUGACCAGGGUAACGACCUGGAGAGGACCCAUCAGGUCGCUCAGAUGUCAAAAAUAUAUCCAGGCGCUGAAGAGGUUGUUGGAUGGCUGGGCUACAGUGAUCGGAUAGAACGAGCAUUCGUGUUUUGGCGUGAGUUGAACGCAUCAAAGCCCAAGACAUAUCAUGAUACCCUAAGGAUAUGGAACAGCCAUCUAAGCAAGCGAAAUAAAGAGUUGAGGAAGGACUGGAACGAACUUGCGGAGCAGACUUACUGGACAAGAGCCUGGAUCACUCAAGAAAUACUUCUAGCAAGAAAGCUCAAACUUCUCGUCAACGACUCGGAAAUUCAGCCGACACCGACUCCAGGGAUUUCACAAUUACUACCAGAUCGCUCGUCUUCGAUGAGAAACUUGAAUAUGGUAUCCACUCAAGUCUUUCACGCUUACCUUAGCCAUCUGAGCGGCUCAAACGAGCUGAUGGGUCUCGAUCUCAUCUCAGUCCUCCGCUCUCUGUCAACAAGAGAGGCUUCUCAAUCCCGCGAUCUUAUCAUCUCUCUCCUCUCAGUUGUUCAAAAUGCAGACUCCAUAACCGCCGCCUGCAACAAGUCCAACAUAGAAAUGUUUCUCAACCUUCUCGAC